UGAGCGAUUUAGGUGUUCCCGCUUGGUCUCAUGACUUGCACCGCUGCCCAUCCCGCUCCGGCUUGCUCCGCAGCGCGGCAUUCGGCUGCUGUCGGUCGAGUGAGUGUGUCGUUAUAUAGUUGCUCGCUGUCAGACCUUUGUACACAACCUACGCCAACAUUAACAACAUUGAACCUUGGCUAGAAAAAUCAUCAUCAUUGUAUAAUAACAUGAUAGGCGAAGAGGAACGGGUCCACCAAUGUGGCGAGUGUGGGCUGACGCUGUCCACUCGCAGUGCCCUGACAGCCCACGCGCGUUCUCAUCGUGCCACUGCUGAUGCUCAUCGUUGCGACGUCUGCCAUAAGACUUUUGCUGUACCUGCAAGACUAGUGCGCCACUACCGGACCCAUACUGGUGAACGGCCCUUUGAAUGUGAAUAUUGCCACAAGAUGUUCAGUGUCAAGGAAAACCUUCAAGUCCAUCGUCGGAUCCAUACUAAGGAACGACCGUACAGGUGCAGUGUGUGCGACGCCGCUUUCGAACACUCCGGAAAAUUACACCGCCACGCUCGAAUUCAUACGGGAGAACGGCCGCACGCGUGCCCACACUGCCACAAGACUUUUAUUCAGUCGGGACAACUGGUCAUCCAUCUUCGCACCCACACUGGAGAAAAGCCAUACCGGUGCCCAGCGCCCGGCUGCGGCAAGGGGUUUACCUGCUCGAAACAAUUAAAAGUGCAUUCGCGUACGCACACCGGUGAACGUCCUUACACUUGUGAUAUCUGUCUUCGUGAUUUCGGUUACAAUCAUGUGUUAAAAUUACAUCGGUUUCAACAUUACGGAGAGCGUUGCUACCGUUGCACAGUGUGCGAUGGUACGUUCAACACAAAAAAACAAAUGGAGGCCCAUAUUUACAAGGAGCAUGGCGCAGAUACGCCGCGCACUCAACAGAUGCCGGCCACCGGUUCACUCGUAGUGAACGGUAAUGUAGUGUGCGACUUGGUAGAAGCAGCUUUACAGCAACUACCACCCACUCCACCCAGUUCUCCACCUUCUCCUCAGUGUCCCACAGCUCCUUCUGCUGCCAGUGUGACGCCAGCAUCAAUUCCGUCACCCUCCGUAUCUCCAACUCCUGUUCCACUUUCUCCAGCACUCACUACCUCAGUGCAAUAUACCUUCGCACCGUCCUCACUGCCGCCACGGAAAAGAAAAUUAAUUCCUCAAACAGAGACUGAAAUACCCGCUGUGCGGCACACUUCAGUAAUACAGUUCGCUCCAGCUGCCGCCUCCGACUCAUAAUAGGCAAUAUAGUAUAAUAAUCUAAUAUUGUAAACAAAAAUGUUCGUAUUACAUCCCGAAUGUAGUAUUUCCUAGCGUAAUUUUCCCAGGCUUCUUCAAUUCACUUGCUUGUAAGUUGUUAAUGAAUGAAUUUGUAGUGGUAGCGUUAGGUGUGCGUCGACUUGUGUAGGUAAUUGCAAUGGUAAAUGUAUGUAGGUGUAGACUAGACACUUGUGUAUUCUGAACGCAAACAUCUGUAUUUAAUAAAAUGAGAAGUUUUAAUAUUUAAGAGUUGAGGAAAAGACUAAAAGCUACUUAAUAAGUAAGUGCAUUUGUGCCGUUAUUGUUAGUAUAUAAGUUUUAUAUUUAAUCUAAUAGGUAUGUUUAUGAUAACUAUUAAGUUACAAUAAAGUACAAUAUUGUAUUUA